GUUUACCAAAAUUAAUGAUAGUAGUACCUAAACCAAUGAUAAAAGAUAAUAAACAAGUAUGGUCGUUCUCAAACCCUGUAAAGUUUCUUAAAACCCCGUGUGAGUGCGUCCAAAAUGAUUGUUGACGAGGUGUUGGAGUGGUGCAAGUGCGGCGCCGGCACUCUGUCGGCCCUACCCACCGUGCUGUGGGCGGCGGGCGCUGCGGCCCUUGCCCGGCGGCUUCUAGUCAUAAUGUUUAGGCGCAGCAUGUUCCGGCGCGCGCCUUACUGGGAGCUCGCCCUGCAGCACUUACUGUUCGUGUGGAUGGUGAUCUACAGCGUGCACUUCUGGGUGGUGCUGGUGCGGCUGGUGAAGCUGCUGGUUGGCGUCGCUUACGACGAAGCCAUGGCAGCACUAUACGAGCCGGAGCACUUCCGCAGCCCCCGCAACAAGUACAUGCUCGAACAAUGCGCCGUGUGGUGCGUCAGCGCGGUGCCCCUCGCGGCCUGCGUGCGCGCCCGACGCCGCCCGCGCUCGCCGCCGCUCAUGAUCUGGAUCACGACGUCCCCGUGGCAGCGGCGCGAGCUGGGCCCGCACGGCUACUACCUGCAGCGGCCUCCCCCCGCCUCCCCCGCCGCGCCGCCCCGCAGCCCGCGCCGCGCCCGCUCCGCCCCGCAGCUGGCCCAGCCCCACGCCACUCGCAAACACUCCAAGUCCAUCUGA